GAACGCCAAGAGCAACAUGUUCAAUGCAGUCCACGCCUCCCCUCUUCGGUAUGGUAUCUAUCAACAGUCGUAGGAGUAAUGGAAAAUACAGGCGAUCCAAUUCAUCUACGCGAGACUCGAAAUUUCGGUGACCAAGGACCAUACUUUACUCUCAGCCACUGUUGGGGCCAAUCACACCCUUUUCGUCUUACCAAAGACACAGUUUCAACACUGAAAGCCGGUAUACCCAUCACUCAACUACCGAAAACAUUCCAAGAUGCCAUUCUUGUUGCCCAAUACUUCCAAGUCAAGUAUCUAUGGAUUGACUCAUUGUAAGUGAACAGUGCUACAUAGGUAGAAGCCUCUGCUCAAUCCUACAUAGGUGCAUAUUUUAGGACAAUAUAGACGACUGGUCGGUCGAGGCAGGGCGUUUGAGAGACGUGUACAGUAAAUCGGCAUGCAACAUCGCAGCCACAGCCGCUGAAGAUAGCGACGCCGGCCUAUUCUUCAAUCGAGACCCUGCGUUCUUGC